CGCCACGUCAAAGAAGAUGAGUCGGUGAGUUGGUCUCUCUCAAACCAUGAAAUUCCUUCUUCCUCCACCAAAACGAAAACCAAGGUUUUGAAAUUGUUGCCCUAGCCAUGGCAACAAGGCUGGCAAGAAGAACAACCUCAAACUCAAAUUACUUGCUUUUCAGUUUUAAAAAACCUAGAUGGAUUUAUUCUUCACGAGAUCAUCAACCGGAGAUUGAAUCGGGAAAUUCAACAACCGAUUCUAAACCAGGGAAGAAACUUGUUGAUCGUUUAUCAGCUGUUAUUGAUGCUGUUAAUGAUCAGAAACUUCCUCCUCAGCUCCGUGGACAACGUAACGCCGUUAGGUCUGAAACCGACAUCAUUAAUGUUGUUGAACAAAGAAUAUAUCAAUCCAUGGAAGAAGCGAAGUUUGAAAAUUUACCAGGAAAAGGCAAACCCUUGAAUUUUGUUACCAACCCUCACGCAGAUCCUGCAGAAGACACCUUGUUCAGAAUUCUCAACCAAAAUGGGUUUGCACCAGAAUGGGUAGAACUCAACAAGGAAAUAAGGAGCAAUCUUGCUCAGUGGCGGUUAUCCUUGAGUAAAGCACAUGCCAGCCGAUUAAACGGAGACAUCUCUAAAUGGGACAAAGAUUCUGAGUCUCUUAAGGUUCAGAUUCGCGCUAUCAAUGAUAAGGUAUUCCGUUACAAUCUUAUUGUACCUGGUGGACGGCAGAUGCAUGGACUUAAGUGGGAGAAAGAAUUAGAUCGAAUAACAAAAGAGUGACGGUAUUUCAUUAACUUAUCACAUAGAAAGAUAUUAAAAAGGUUAUUAUUCCUGUUUUCAGGAAAAUGUUGGAAGAUAGAUAUAGUGUUUCAUUAUCUUUGUCUAUCAAACCUCUUCAUGUUGUCAAAGUAGUAUUUUAUGAGUAUUUCGACUAGUUUCCUCACUUUGUCUCGUGGAUGAUACUAUCAUAUGUAUGAGUUUUUAAGAAAAAUUUACAGCUCUUAA